CCAAGUCACAGAUCCUGUCACAGACCCUGCUCUGGUGCACAAUAAUCGCAUAUAUUUCGGCGGCGCGUUUGUUUUUCUCCAUCACAAUGUCAAACGGAAGCAGAGUUGUGUUGGCUCUUGGCGGCGCGGGCACCGUGGGGUCCGGGAUUGUGAAGGCGCUUUUGGAUAGGGGUUUCAGGGUGGCAGUGAUCUCCCGCGACAGUGCCAGGCUGGAUAAACUGAAGGAUUUUGUGUCUCCAUCCACCAAAGGCAACUUGAUCACCCUGGUGGGGAAUGUCGGCACGGAGGAGGGUGCGGAGGAGGCCAAGGCAGCCCUGCUGAAGCUGGUGGGGAAGGUGACGGACGUGGUGACCUCGCUGGGGUUCAGCUGGUGGCAGGGGGGACCUCCGCACACGCAGACUGUCAAAGAACUGAACUGGGUCAUUGAGACAUUACUUCUCAGCACCUUCUCCUCGUGGAAGGCUUUCUUCCCGCUGGUGAAAGAGGACUCGGACUGCACCUACACCUUCAUCACGGGGGGUGCUGGUGAGAAGGUGCUGAUGCCCGGCACGGGCUUCCUGACGGUGGGGGCUGCGAGCGCCCUCGCGUUCUGCCAGGUGCUGCGGGAGGAAUAUCCUGACGUGUCCUGCAAAAUGAACCAGGUAAAGAUCAACACGGGCGUGGGCACCCCCGAGCGCAUGGCGCCAGGCUUCCUGAGCCACCUGGAGCUGGGCGAGGCGGUGGCCACCCUGAUUGAGAGGCGGGCGGUCUCCCACACCGUCUACCCCGUCAGCUGCCCCGCCGACCUCAAGACAGUCAUUCUGGAGGGCAACCUGUAGGCUGCAGAACCCCCCUCCCAGAACUCCCCCACCCACACCUGGAGAUGCAUGCCACCACCAGCAUUCCAGAACCAGAGAAGAUUCCGAAUUCUACUACAGCAUUCCGAAUUGGCCGUUCACUUGAUACCGAUUCCGAUUCUGUUUCUCUGUGUUGGACCUCCCUGCCCCUUCUUGAACAUACUUCCUGUGUUUAUUAUCGCCAGCUUGGUGUGUGUGUGAUUGAGCGUGUGUAGAUAGAUGCUCAACUGUGUGGCUGGGGUGGUGUGUGUGUGUGGGUGUACUGUACGGUUGUGUGUGUGUGUCUGUGUCUGUUUAUGUGUAUGUGUGUGUCGUCACCUUUUGCAUGUCGGAAAAGAGGAUAUUAAGAGGAUAAGGGCAAAGCUCUGAAAUGACAUCAAUGUCUGAACACAUGUACUGUUUGUAUGGUUGAUUUAUAUUAUAUAGAGUGGACAGAUGGACUGCAUACAGACAAUGCCGUGCUCCCACUAUUGAAAUUGAAUUGGAAUUGCUUCAGAAAUCACGUCCAGGGGCUUUAAAAUGACAAAGGGAAGGUGAAUUACAUCUAAUAUUAUUACAUUGUUGUACUCAUCAUUUAAUUGCAUAGACCUUUUGACUGUGAUAGACACCGAUCUGUUGGAGUCUUUGCGUGUGGGGCUGUCCGUGUGAGUGUGGGUGUGGGUGUGGGUGUGCGUGUGCGUGCGGGUGCGUAUGUUUAUGUGAUGUUGUUUAUUUGUUUGUUUGUUGUAUAAGCAUUUUGUGGGAAGCGGCGGAAUGCUUGCUGGCACUUUCCGGAUCUGUCUGUCUCGCACACUAACACGCUCUCGUCUCCUGCCGCUCCCGCCCACUGGGGUGCAAUUACGCCAUCUAACCGAACCCGUAAAUAAACAUUUAGAAGGGGGGGGGGCAUAGCAAACAAACCCCGCAAACCCUCUAUCAACCCCCCCCCCCCCCCCCCCCCCCAUACCCCCAACAGGUCACCCAAAUGCCCCAGUAGGAUGACAGGAUUUUGUAAAGAAGAGAAUCGCAUUGUCUAGCUACUCCAUUGUUUAUACAGUACGUCCAAGACGAAUUUGCAUAAUGUGCUUUGGCGACACGAAUGUACAUUUGUCAUGCCAAUAAAAGC